UAAUGUCUAUGGAAAUUAUAUUCAGUAAUGACAUUUACCGUAAGUUUGUAAAUUAUUAGAAUAAUACAUUCUAACAUUCAUACAUUUAAAAAAUGUAGUACAAUGUAAAUUAUCACAGUAAGUCAAUUUUUUCAUUAUUUACAUUAGUGUUAUUUAUUAUUAUAUAUUAUCACGUAAUCUUUUUCUGUCAUUAUGUCUAUAGAAUUUGUUAAGUUAGUUUAUAAUAUUUACUAAAAAUGCUAUUGUCAUAAUUAUCAUUAUUAUUUUAACUCAUAUAUGUAGAAUAACGAAUAAGCCCAUUCUGAGAUUUCGACGCAUUCUAAAAAUUCCUGUGACAUAACCUGUUAUGAGCAAUAUACAAAUGAAAGAGUAUAAUAUUCGUAACUUAUUUUUGAUUUUACAAAUUCAUCAAACUAUUAUUUUUUAACAAGAUAAUACGUUGGAUAUACAACGCUCAAUACAAAAUGAAAUCAAAGACAAAAGCUAAAAAAUCAAAUGGGAAAUUUGGGAAAGUUAAAUUUUCUCCAAAAGGAAUUACUUCUAUAAAUCCAGACUUAUCACAACUACAUCCGCCUAUAGACAUAAGUGAUUCGACUUUAUAUCGUGUGAGCAAAAUUUUAGAAAAUGGCAGUGAUGAAGUUAGAUCUAUUCUGGCAUAUGAAUGUGAUUUAGUAUAUGAAUGUCGCAUAUGCCGAAGCCUUUUUAGAAGUUUGGUCAAUUUUAUUUCUCAUAAACGUGUCUAUUGUAAAGAAAAAUUUGAUGUUACAUUUGUUAGGGACUCCUCCAACGAUUAUGAUAUAACUUCCACGAAUAAUUUAGACAUACAAAAAACACAGGGCCUAUUUAAAGAAGGAUGUGGAAAUGAUCGAAUUUUAAGAAGUCAAGCUUGCAAAGAAAAGGAAAAGAAGGAUCUCACUGCAAUUGUUAAUACGCUGCAGAAAAAACAAAUAGAAAACUUACAAACAAACACUCAACGAUUAUGUUUGGAGACUGUACAUUCAAAUUCAUCGGCAGUAUAUCAAACUGUUGAAUCAGUGCUUUCAACUGAGAAUCAUACAGAUUUAAUGAAAGCACAGGUAACAGAGCUAAAAAAUAUAAAUGAGAGGACUGUAAUGUUAGAUCUGAAUGGCCAAGUCUUAGAAUUUAGUCAAAAGUUGAGUGGUAAUACAAUAACUCAAGUUCGUAAUAAUGAAGAAAGUGAUAAGGAAGUUAUUUGUCCUAUAUGUUAUGCGAAAUUUUCAACGAAAAAAACAUUAACAGUUCACACAAGGACACUACAUACAUCUCACAGGUUAUGUUACCCAUGUCCUUGUUGUUCUAGUACAUUUGCAAAUACGUGGAGUGUUUAUAGGCAUCUCUUUAAAGUUCAUAGAAAAUCUAAUGAACAAGUGAGGAAACUCAGAUCACAAAUUCAAGAAAAAGCAUUUAUUAAAGAUACUACUAUUGCUGAAGAUUUACAAAAGGAGGAUGCUCAAAAAACUUUAGUGAAUAGUGCACUAAGGGCUAAUGAAACACAGGAAUGGAUAGAUCAGUUGGAAUUGGAUACAGAGUUACAAAGAUGUGGUGGAUGUGGAAAGAGAUUUGAUAGAAAAGCAGCGUUAUCAGCUCACUUGCAAUAUUGUAAUAGGCGUGUUGCAGCAUAUGAAAGUAUAACUAAAGACAAAAAGAUCAAUAAAAUUCCAUCAAAUGAUGUUUCAAAUGGAAAUACUAAUGAAACAUCUAUUCGCGUGGAGGCAGUUGCCAGUUUAAGUAAAGCGGACUGGGAUAUGUUGAAUAGUGAAGGACUAGUUUCACAAAAUGUAUCUAAUGGGAAUGUUGCAAGAAUUCUCGCAAAUGAAGUACAAGAAAACUUGGCGAAAGACAAUCUUUCUUCUGCAAGUGAUGUUUCUGACCCUUUAGAAAUUGUGUAUACUAGUAUAAACAAACAUAAAGCUAAUGUUGGGAGUAAGAAACGAAAAAAUAAGGAAAGUACAAAAAGAUUGAAUAAUAAUGCAGAAAAUAUUGCAAAAGGCAUAUCUGUAGAAGUGAACAUUGGGCAUGACACAGCAACUGAAAAACUGGAUCAUGUAUUAUCAAUGGAAAAGAAAGUAGCUUCAAUAGUAAACUUCGAAAAGCUUGAGUGCCUUCCAUGUAAACGAAAAUUCCCGUCUGUGCAUAAUCUAAGAAGACACGCUGCCAUUCAUAUUGGAUGGAAUCGUUAUCAAUGUAGACUUUGUGACUAUAAGUGUUUCGUUAAGUGUGAUUGUAUAGCACAUUGCAAUAAAGUUCACAACGCUCAAAACAAUCGUGUUGUUAUAGACGAAAUGAUAACUCAGAUUCCAGACGACCAGUAUUUGUGUGGUCAAGAUAUUACGUCGAAUAUAACGAAUUUAGAACAGGAGAUUGAUACUCCAGAAGUUGUAGAAGUUAACAUUACACCAGGAAAUAUGGGAUUAGAAGUUAAAAUGAGAGAGAAAGGGAUGAAUGAAACAGAGACAAAAAUAGUUGAUAAAAAUUCAAUAGUGGUUCAUGAAAAUGGUAAAACUCAAGAAAGCAUGGAUAAUGGUAUUAAAGGAAAUACUUUGGCAGUGGAUCAAGAUCUUAGAAAAAUGGUGAUGGAAGUUAUCUUUGGAUCUUCUGAAGUUCACUCCGCAAAACAAACAGGUGUGAAAGAAACUGAAGACUCUAGUUCAAAAUUACAAAAUAAAGGGGAAGGAGCACAAUUUAAGGAUUCUAAUUUAAAGGAAAGUGCGUAUAUGCAAGACAAUUUAAGACCGCAGCGUCCUAUUCGUAACAAAAUAAAGCCUCUAAACAAGGAUUUUAUCUACGAUUUAAAGGAGGUCACAUUUCGUAAAGAUUCUUUGAUCGUGAAAUCUUUAAACAAGCCACUUGCCAAAAAAUCUCCAGUACAGGAAGAUGACAAUUUGGAGAAAGAUUUAGACCAGCCGUCCAAGCGUUUUAAACCUAUAGAAGAUGAAGAAAUAUUAAUUCCUUGUGAAAAUAACACCAUAGUAAACAAAUGCGAAAUUGAACUCAGUAGAGGUUUUAAAAAUAGUUUUACUGUUUCUCAGUGCCGCAAUUAGUAAACAUUGCAUCAUAGUGGAGUCUCUAUUCAGUCAGAAAUAUAUUGUUUAAAUUGAUAUUAUUCAUUUCCAUGAACAAAUUUUUAGUAAAUUUUUAAACUAUAUUCUUCACAAAUAUAUAUAUAUACAUAUAUAUAUAUGUUAAUUUGUUCAGUAAUGUUA